ACUGUGUUUUUUUAUUGCUAUCGCGAGCGAUAGUGAUUGACAUUCUGCUAUUUUUCAAAGUGCCGCAAAAUUCCUUAUCUCCAAAUCUGCAAAUCGGUAUCGUGUACUUUAUCAUGAAGAUGAGGUUAUUAUCCACAAUGGCGUUGCUGGUGACGCUCGCGAGAGCCGAGCCCCCAGUGAACAGCCAAUACUUACCACCAGACCAGUCGUACGGUCCGCCGGGAGCACAACAAAAGCCGCCACCGCUUCAAGGUGGCGGAGGUGGCGGUAGCCGUCCAGGCAACGGAGGAGGUUUCGGUGGUUCCAACCAGUAUCUACCACCCAAUCAGCAGUACGGUGCUCCCAACGGUGGCGCUCCCAGUUCACAGUACGGAGCCCCCAACGCGCCCAGUUCUCAGUACGGUGCUCCCAACGGUGGCGCUCCCAGUUCACAGUACGGAGCCCCCAACGCUCCCAGCUCGCAGUACGGAGCGCCGAACGCCAACGCACCCAGCUCGCAGUACGGAGCCCCCAAUGCUCCCAGUUCGCAGUACGGACCACCCGGUAGCGGACAGGGUGGCUACCCAGGAGGUGCUAACGGAUAUCCCGGUGGAAGCGGUUCCGGAGGAUACGACGACGGCAGCAACGGCGAGCCCGCCAAGUACGAAUUCGAGUACACAGUCAACGACCCGCCAUCGGGCAAUGACUUUGGACACAAGGAGAUGCGCGACGGUGACCUGACGCGCGGCGUCUACUUCGUCCUGCUGCCCGACGGUCGCCGCCAGAUGGUCGAGUACGAGGCGGAUCAGAACGGCUACAGACCAAAGAUCACGUAUAUGCAAGUAGGGAACGGUGCGGACGGCGGCUACCCGAGCGGCGGCCCCGGCGGUGACGGCGGCUAUCCCAGCGGUGGACCCGGAGGCUACCCGAGUGGAGGACCCGGCGGUUAUCCCAGUGGCAGCGGCGGCAACGGUGGCAACGGCGGGAGUGGCUACCGCUACAAGUAA